AUGGCCUCCCAAGAAGCUGAUGGUGCAGAGCUGCGGGCAGCCCGCGCGGGUGAGGCCCCCGGGCGCCCCGGGGAAGCGGCGGCGGGGGGCAGCUCCGCCGACCCCGGGUCGGAGAACCACCCGGAGGUGCUGCAAGUCCUCGGGGCGGUCCAGAUCCUGAAUGCAGCAGUAAUUCUGGCUCUGGGUGGCUUCAUGCAUUCCGUACAGAACUUGUCCCAUCCCUCCAGUUACUUCUUUUUCUCCGUUGUUUACACAGGUUAUUCCACAUGGGGGGCUAUAUUUUUUCUUGUUUCGGGAAUUUUAUCUGUCUUAGCCGGGAUAAAACCCACAAAAACACUGCUGGAGAGCAGUUUGGGGAUGCACUGUGCCAGUGCCUCCGUCGCAGUAGUCGGGAUUGUUUUUCUCUCAAUGAAUUUAUUCGCUAACGACCCAUUACUCAAGGGCUGUCAGUCUUCCCAGCCACCUGCCCUGUGCAUUUACAUGGCAGCCUCUUCAAACGGUCUCAUAUCGCUGGUGCUGGUCCUCACCUUGCUGGAACUGUGCGUAGCCUGCUCUGCCAUAGCCCUGUGGCUCAGAGCAAAUUGCUGCCAUUUAAGAAAGGUGGGUUUGUUUAAAUGA